CAAUCAAACAUGUGGUCUUUAUUGCCGCUAGAAAGGUUUAUGGCUAGGUAUAAGUUGGAUAGCUAUGUACCUACAUAAGAGGUAGUUAAGUAAACGCCCAUGCAACUGGGUGGGUAGGUAUAUGGAAAGAUCGAUCACUCAGCUACCUACCGCGCUGCAUCACCAUCCUCGCUAAGAGUCAUAAAAGGGGGAAGGGAGGUGAUUCAAACCUUUCGACUUGAGGCAGGUAUCUAGUCAAGAUGCCACCGACGGACACAACGCCUCUCCUUCCGCAGUCCGAAAGAGAACCGACACCAGCACCUCAGGAAGACAGCCAUCCAAUUACCCUGAGAGCAUGCCACUCGCCUUGGCAGAUUAUCAAUCAGAGGUUCCUUUUCAUAAUUCGACUGCUCCUAAGCUCGUACCUUACCUCGGUCGCUGGCGUAGCCCUCAAAUAUAAACUUGACAAUGAAGAUGACCACGGUGCUGGGCGGAUCCCGUUCGAGUUCUCCACCAUUUCCUUUCUCCUGCUAUGGAUAUACCAUCUGUUGACCUCGACAUGGACGGGUGCGCACACCUUUGGGCGGAGUAAUCCAGAUCAAGAUGACGAGCCAGAAGAUUCGUCCGCACAAGCUCGUAUCGCCAAAUUCUUCACACCACCACAUCAGCCAUCCACUCUCCAGCAGACCAGCUUCAGUAUAUUCUAUACUGUCACCCAUGUCUUCACCUUUCUCCAUACACUACUGUAUUGGACUGUAUUUGUGCCCGCUGGUCAUGGUGGGUUCAAGCCGCCCAAGUUUCCACAUCACCACCAUAGUCCUGGCAAUAGCACGGUGGCCUUCUAUGACCCAAAUAAGGGACUAUUCGAGGAAGAUGAUAUCAAGGCGUUCAGCAUCAUCAAUGUUUCUACCAUUACGGCUAUCAUAGCCAUCCUCGAGAUCAUUGGCCUUAAUAGCAUCCGCCGCCAAACUUCGGUUAUAGGACACGUAGCUGGCAUUCUUGCUGCGAGCGGUCUGUACCUUGCUUGGGCUGGCAUCGGCAAGCUCGCAACAGGGCACUGGGGUUUGUUUUUCUUGGACCCCGAACUCAUGGGCAACUCUCCAGAGGCUGCCGUUGCGGCGGCUGCUGGAUUCGUCGUUGCGGCUCUAUUUAUAUUCGUAUGGAUGUACGGUCUCAUUGCAAUGAGACAAUCGAUUACGGCUGCCAACUAGGCGCCCUUUUAGUCAGCCUAUUAUGACGGAGUCAAGGGGAUUGGAGCACGGUUGCCACCCAUCACGCACCCAAAAGACUCUGGUGGAAUGCUGUAGAAAAAAAAAGGCGAUGUGGGAAA